AUGAGUUUUAUCCUGAAACUUGACAGACAUUUCCAAAGAAGAGUAAUUUUGCUGGCCACUUUUUGUAUGGUGAGCAUAGUUAUUUCUGCCUACUACUUGUAUAAUGGCUACAAAGAGGAGAAUGAGCUUCCUGAAACCUCUUCAGAAGUGGAAUGUGGUGAUCCUCAACCGUUGCCAUCCAAGCUGAUGGAGAUGAAGAGCACGAAGCCCAUCGAUCCCCUGAGGACAGACCUGGUAGUGCUGGUGUUUGUGGAAAGCCAGCACUCAAGCUUAGGCCAAGAUAUAAGAAGCAUUCUGGAAUCCAGCAGGUUUCAGUUUCACCUUGAGAUUGCAUCUGGGAAAGGUGACCUCCCAGUGCUUCUAGACAAAAGCAGAGGCAAAUACGCUCUCAUAGUGUAUGAAAAUAUUCUGAAGUACGUGAAUAUGGACUCUUGGAACAGAGGCCUUCUAGAUAAGUACUGCCUGGAGUACGGUGUAGGUGUGAUUGGAUUUCACAAAGGCACUGAGAACAGCUUGCAGAGCUUUGAGUUGAAGGGUUUUCCUUUCCAUGUCCACAGCAAUCUGGGUGUUCAGGACUGUUGCAUUAACCCUCAUUCCCCACUGUUCCAUGUGACUAAACCUUCUAAGCUUGAGGAAGGGCCCUUGCUUGGAAAUGCCUGGGCCGUUUUCCAGGUUAAUCACACAACUUAUCAACCAGUGAUAUUUGCAAAAGUAAAGACACCAGAAAACCUUUCUCCACCUGCUGCUCUAGGUGCUCUCUAUGCCACAGUAAUACAUGACUUGGGGCUCCACGAUGGGAUUCAGCGAGUCCUUUUCGGCAGUAACUUGAAUUUUUGGCUGCACAAGCUGAUUUUCAUAGAUGCCAUCUCUUUCCUGUCUGGAAAGAAACUCACCCUAUCCUUGGAUAGGUACAUUCUGGUUGACAUAGAUGAUAUCUUCGUUGGCAAGGAUGGAACAAGGAUGAACACCAACGAUGUACAGAUGUGCUGCUGUGAUGGAAAUUUCUGUUCCAGCACACUUCCACACCAAGAGAAAUAGAGGAAAAAGAAAAGAGAAAGGAGUUAAAAGCCAGAAGGCAUCAUUUAAAUGCCAGUGUGGCAACCAAAGAGCAAGUGCCAUGGGUGCUGUGCACCCAGACCUGCAGCACCAGGGCCAUCCAUCUGCCUCAGGAGUCCUGCUUUCAUCCUUGGAGUGUGCAUCCUUCCAUCCUCCAGUGUGCACCGGCACUUCAGAUUGAGGUAAGGACAGCAUUUAAUAGGGGAAAAAGAACAGGAGCUACUACCUCCAUUAAAUAUUGGCACCACCAUGGGACACAUUCACUUGAAGACGAGCACAAAGGGAUUCCAACACAAUUGUCCCCGUACAGAACACAAACCAAGCUUCUCCUGCUGCUCUGGGCGGUCCCUAAACACAAGAAGGAGCUGUGGGUUUUCUCCAUCGCUGCUGGUGCAGCUGAAGAAGUUCCUUA